AUGAACAGAUUUCAGCCUCAAUACUAUCCUUAUAUACCUCCAGAAGUCCUUCGUCCAUAUGAAGAUAUCCCACCAGGUGUUCCCCCGGGUCGUAUCACUUCUGUUACGGAGAAUGGAAUGCGGAUAUUAAAGCCAUUUCACGAUGAAAGUUUAAUGUUCUGCAUUCCCGCACGAAACCCACCACCUCCAAACGCGUGGUUGAGGACACCUCCGCCAUGGUCCACAACACUGUUGCCGGGCAUCACCCCGUCCAAUCCAUAUGCAUCACCAAUGCAAUGGCAGCAACCUCUUGCUUCUGCACCACCAUUAGAACUCAAUCCUCAAUUAUCGAUAAAUUUUGAUAACCCAGUACAUCCCUGGAUCUUUUGGGACAUUACGCAUCCUCCAGAAAUUUCUGCGCGCCUCUAUGAUCGACCCUUCUUGCAUCGGGUACAACCCAACUUCGAAGAUCCUGCAUUCACGACCAGGAUUAGGAAGGUCAGACUCGUGUCUACCCAUCCCGUCCUUUCAUAUUGGAUGAAACGCUGGGGAUUGUUGACCAUCAGAUCGUCGGAAAAUCUUACUGUCGGCGAUGUCUUGAAUGCAAUUUACAAGUACCUCCGUGAGCUCUUGACUCCAGAUGAUAUUUCUCAUAUCAAUACAGUACCUGGCAAUCAAAAGUCCUUGCGCCUCGCUCUCAAAGAACGCGCAAAAGACAGCCGUGCAGUCGAAGCAGUGGUCAUCGCCCAAGGGUAUCGGCGUGUUGACGUAUUGGGCGGACACCGACGAUUCCAAGGAUUGCAUGUACAAUUUCCACCUGAAGGAUCGUGGCAACUUUCCUUGUCGUUGCUUCCUGGACCUGUUCCUCCUUAA